AUGGGAAAUGUCGUAUCCACGGAUUCGCUCCCUUUUUUCUCUCCCUACACCCUUGGUUGUUCCCUGCUCUGUUGCUUCGUCGGGUCCAGCUGGGUAUUGAACCGCUGGCCCCAUAUGCUGCACAAACGACGCGGAAUCCUCACAGGGGGGCCCCUGGACGGCCCUAUGCCUGUCUGCAUAGCCCACAGGGGCGGCCAAGCGGAGGCCCCGGAGAACACACUGAGUGCGUUCAAGUAUUCCAUUGAGGAAUGCGGGUGUGAGAUGAUCGAGCUGGAUGUUUGGGUCAGCAAGGAUAAGCAGCUAGUCGUAGUGCACGAUGACAAUUUGUCGAGAGUUUGUGGCACUGACACGCGAGUUAAAGACACAGAUUACGGGGCUCUGCCUCGGGUUCGUUCCUCAAAGGAAAUAGAGCUAGGGGCGGCUGCGGAACCAAGCACCCCUGAAUGCUCGCAUGCAGGCUCGUUCUUCGAAUUUUUCCCCGAGUUCAAGUGCUUUCCAAGACAGUUCGAGGGAGAAAAGAUGCCCUUGUUGGAAGAUGUCUACAAAGCCUUUCCGUCAGCUCUCAUUAACGUCGAUAUGAAGGGGCCUCUAGACCAUCAGGCCAUACGCGACGUAGUUGCACUCACACGGCGAUAUAAGAGAGAGAAAAAAACUGUUUUUGGAGGGUUUAUGCAGCAAAAGCUAGAUCUCAUCAAGAAAGAGUUUCCUGAAGCUGUGAUGGCCGUGGGUCCCCGUCGUACUUUCCUAUAUCUACUGUCCUACUACCUGGGAAUCCUCCCUUUCAUUCGCAUUCAUGAAGACAUCUUUGAAUUUCCGGUGUCUUACGCAUAUGUCAAACGUGAGGCUCUGCGUAUUGCAGCAAAAAGGCGGGAGAGGGCACCCAGGUGCCUCCAGUUCCUUUUUGCAGAUGCUGUAGCACGGGCAGAAGCCUGGCUCACCUUCUCCCUGAUUACAAAUCCAGGAUUUGUAAGCGCAUUGAAGCGGAGGGGUCUUCUCGUCUUAGGCUGGGUGGUAAACAAGGAAGAAGAGUACAAGGACGCUCUUGACAGGAUCGGAUGCCACGGUCUGAUGACCGACAGGCCCAUGCAUCUCAGACAGUACCUUGAUAUGCGUAACAAAAAGUGCAAAAAGUAA